UCCUUCCUGGUUUUUUUGGAUAGAGAAGUGUAAUGGUCGUCGCCACUGUGAGUCCUCAGGCCUUGUCGGGAUGUUUUGUGGGAGUUGUAGGUUAGUUGGGAUUAAAACAUGGACACAGAACUCAUCAGAACUGGUCGCUUCGCCUGGAAUAACGCCAUGAAGAUGCUUCCCCUCCUCCUCCUCCUCCCUCAGGUUCUGGCCUUGGUUCUGUCUGAGGAAACAACAUCGCUGCUGCCGCCAAAAGACGUCUAUGUUAGUGAGGGCCGGCUGACAUGGACUCCGGCUGCAGAGAACGCCACGUACACGGUGGAAUAUCGUGGAAAAGGCCGAAAUGAGUGGAGGGAGGUGCCAGCAUGUGUCCAGAUACCUUCCUCCUCCUGCGACUUCUCCUCCAUCAGAAAUAACCAGGGCAAUGGAUGCGUUAGUGUCCGAGUCCGAGCAAAGAGAGACGAUCAGACCAGCACAGCGGUGGAAGCCUGCAGCCAUGACGAACAAUCCUGCAGCCCUGGGUUCAGUUUGAGUCCAGGACCCGGAUCCAUGACGGUCCGGUUAACUAGGAACAGCAGCCUCAUCAAGAAGCAUGCAGACCACGUCACACAUCUCAUUUACUUUGGAGAAGAAGGAGAACAACUGACGAAACAUGAGGAAGCUGCAGCUUCAGAGACCAUCAGGGAUCUGGAGGAAGGACAACGGUACUGUGCCUGGGUGCAGUACGUUUACAUGACCAGACCGGUUGGACCUCCCAGAUGUAUGCAGUGUGAGACCACCCUGGUGAAAAGUGCAAAAGAAACUGCAAUCAUAACAGCUGUGGUCGUCGUCAUCAUCCUCAUCGUUCUGGUCCCGCUCGUCUCCUACAUCCUCAUCUUCCAGCUUAAGAAGAUCAAGCAGAUGUUGCGGGUCCCAUAUGAAAUCCCCAACCUGUUCCCGGAGCCUGGACCUGAGCAGAGGGUUUUCCUCCCUCCCAGCAGUGAUGAGCACUACGAUGUCAUUACCAGCAUGACUCCAAGAGAUGCCAGACGAUGAAGGCUGCCCUCCUCAUCCAGUCCUGCACCGUGACUUCACCCCCUAGUGGUUGUGAGAGAGGUUUGAAGGAUGAGCAACAACUCGAGUCAGACUUGUGACUUGCUGAGUUUACAGAGACUUGGACAGAUGACCUCAGGCUCACUUUUUUUUACAUCCUGUUAUUUCUGUUGUCUUGUGCCUCUGAGCGGAUUUGGCUGGAGAACGCAGCAGAACCACAACUGGAAGCAGCUUUUAUGGAGAUGCCAGGAUCAUCUGCAUGGACUGUUAAAGUGCCAUAGAUCUGUCAACUGAGCCAAACACAGCUGAUUUGAUAUUUCUUUAAAGCGAUAAUCUUUGUUCAAUGAUCCAUUCUCAUUCAUUAUUAUUAGAGAGAAGAUGAUGUUUCCAUUUGCUUUGUUCUAACAACACAGUUGUCACGCACAGUUUUAAAGCGGCACUAUUGAACUUUCUCAGUGAGUCCCCCCCUCCUUAACGACGGCUGAUUGAGCAUCGUCUUCAUCCUGUCUCUUCUCUGAGAUCUUUCUGACCAGACUCGUGUCUUAUCUCUGUCCUUUUCUCUCUUUCUUUUCCUCUCUUCCUCCGAUAUGUCCUCUUGUGUUUAAUGAAUUAGCCAUGAUGAUCUUCAAACUGCCAGUGUGUUGAUAUCCAGUUGCUAGCGUGUGGUGAGGUGCUGCAGUGUGAUGACUUGGGCUGGAAAAGAAAGUGAGAUGUGGUUUCUCAGCUUUGGAAGCUGCAGGACAACAGCAGCUCCAGGAAUGUGUGAUAAAUUCUUCAUCCAUGAAAUGAAAAUCAGUCAAACGGGCUUCCAGGUUGGAAAGUUAAUGUUGCUUUAAAGCUCAACAUACAGACUGUGGCAUGAAAUAAAAAACAAGCUUGUUAUAAUUUUUCCCACUGUUAGAUAUCUGAGGAAGGAUGUGUUCUGUAUCCGUGCACUUUAACAAAAAUCUGCUUAGACAGCAGCUUCAGGCCCGUUAAUGCUGGACUCUUGUCUGAAACGGACAUCAGAUCGCAGGAGUGAACUGUGAUCUCAGCACUGCCCCCCAGUGGAGGAGGUGACUAACAACAAUGGUAAAAGACGCAUGGAAGUGAGAGGACAGCGACGUAUGACAACGUUUGAAACAGAUGUCCCUAUUUGUGUACGUACGGGGGCAUAAAUGGACCUGUCCUAGCAUUAAGAGUUUUAUUUUUAUCAGUCCUAGAACACGGAUGUAAAUCCACCUGCACUGUCUUUACUUCUUCGUUGUUUACUGCCUUGAUUGCUUUGAAGUGUAUUUUCAAAUAAAAAAUGUACAAAAACUUG